CCCAGAUCCCCAACCCCGUCCGAGGGAAGACGAACCCUAACCCCCAAAAUCCCCAAUCCCCAAUCAGCCGACGACGAUGUCCGCCGUCCACGGCUCCGCGCGACUCCCUCCACCGGUCGCCCGGAACCCCCUCCUCCACGACUCGGGUCUCCUGAACUCGACGACCUUCAUCAGCGAUCACCGGAACGAAACCACAGCGGGAACCUUGACGAGAGCGGGCCUCACAAUCCAGGUAUCGUUCGUCUUCGCUGAUCCGCCGCGUCUCUCCUACUUCUGCGUCUACUGCCUUAACCGCUACGAGAUCCCGUUCGCAAAAGCGCCGAAGGUCGUGUCCUCUGUGGAGGACACGGCCCUCAUCCAAGUCCUGCUCACCACCGAAGACUCGCCGCAGUACUUCCUCUACCGGGCCAGAGGGCCCAACGGCAGGCCGUCGCUUGACCUGCUCCCGGACAUACAUCGGUAUUCUCAAACAGAGAUUCUGUGUGUACCCCUUGGUUUCGUCUCCCAUGACAACCACAAACAAUUCGUCAUGGCGGCUCUUAGCUACGGAACAUGGGAUGGAGAGUACAAUCUCCAUACCAUCGGUUCCAACCCGGAUUCUACGUGGUCCAAGAAGCUGCUUCAGGUAGAGAUUCCAAAUGGCCUUACCGCGAAUUCGGCAUUGAUCGAACCCACCAAGGUGAUUGCCCUUGGAGGUGGACUGCUUGGCUGGGUUGAUCUCUGGAAGGGCAUGGUGAUCUGCGACGUGCUCAAUCCCGCAGCCAAGGCGUAUUUUGUCCCUAUGCCGAAGCUGCUUCCCAACAACAACGAACUCUAUGGCAACCAGUAUUCUGCACGGCCACUUCGUGACAUCACUGUCAGUCGUGAUUACAUCAGGUGUGUUGAGUUUGAGCAAGUGCUAAAACUCAGACCCACAACUGUACCAGCUGUUACUGAUCCCUGGGACAUGGAUGAACUCCAAGACUCGGAACUGGCUAUCGUUCCACCCCAGGAGGAGGAGGAAGUUUAUGAUGUCGUUGGUUGGAGGCUCAUCACAUGGUAUAGGUCACUCACUUGGAACGGUUGGCGCAAGGGUAGCAUGGUUCACUCCGAUGACCUUGGUAUCAUCUCCUUGCCUCAGCUAGGAGGUGGUUCAUGUCCUCUAAAUGAGCCAUUCAAGAACUUGAAAACAGCUUCUCCCACUCUGAGUGACGAUGAUGUUGUUUACCUCGUGUGCAUGCUGAAAGAGGACGACCAAGCUGUGUGGAUUGCCACUAUUGACACUAGGAGCAAGUCAGUGGGAGAGGUUGUGCCGUUUUCUGCAGAGGGGACUGUAAUUUAUGAUCCAACCUUCAUUCCCUGUGUACUGAGCAAAUAUCUGGAUGCUAAAUCAGAUGGAUCCCAGGGAGGCAAGCGAAAUGCUUCUCAUGUCCCACACUCACGAAACAUCAGCAAGUGGAAGAAGCAACGGCAGCUCCUUUCACAGGCAGAACUAGAAGAGCAGCAACCACUACCGCACCUCCUGCAGCACUCAUCAGCGGCGGUGGUGAUGCCAGUCAACUCUCCACAGUGUGUCUGAAAGUGUUGGUGAUAUAUGGGGUAUAUGUGGUUGUGUUAAUCGUCAAACAUGGUUAUGGUUUAUAAUGGCAUUGUACUUACCCUAUGGUAUUAUGCAAGUCAUGUAGGAGCAUAUGCUUGCAGUGUAGGACUGUCGUAUUAAUUGUAAUACAGAAGGUUAAGUGCUCCUUAGCACGCCAUAUUAUUUUAUAUGAAAUAGCAAGUUUGUUAAUUAGCUGUA